AUCUAUUAUCUACUAAACUUCUUCUUAGAAGAAAAAAAGAAGUGAUAUCUAUUCAUCUUAUAACUUAUCUAUCAUACACGUUUCGGAAAGGAAAUCUACAAAAAUGCCUAAAGACCAGAACCGCGCGCGAGGUCUGAAAGCUGCAAUUCACAACCCCAACGUCUCCGACGCAGCCAAGGCCAAAGACAAAGCGAUUCUCGAGCAAGAAUAUGGAGGUGACGGCAGUAGUAGCGAAGGGGAGAAAAUGCCGCAGAAUGUGAAGAGAGGGUUGAAGGCUGCUAUGCAUAACCCCAACGUGACUGAUUACGGAAAGAAGCAAGCUAGAGACAAGUUGGCUGGGAUGGGAGAACAGCCGGAGGAGCCGGUUGAUUAAAUGUUUGGGUGUUAGAAUAUAGGUUUGUUUGGUCUGUGUAUUAUAUGGG